UUGCUCUUCUUAUUUCACCUUCCCCGCCAUCUUCGUCGUCGUCGUACUCCUCCACCUUCUCUCACUAUCCAAAACCUCUCCUAGGGUUAGGGUUAGGGUUAGGGUUAGGGUUUCUUCGUGCGUGCUCCGCCCACCUCCUCUCCCAUGGCAUACAUCCCGCCCCACAAACGCCACUCCAAGGACGCCGAGACGCCGCCCCCCUCCCCUGCCUCCCUCCCCCCCCGCUUCAAGCAAUCCCUAACCCUAGCCUCCCCCCACCUCCACGGCCGCCGCCGCGGCGACCUCUCCUCCUCCUCCUCCUCCUUUCAGCAUGGCGGUGGCAAGAUCGUCUACGCCGCCCACUGCGUCUCCCGCUGGUGGCUCGCCGGAAUCGUCGGCGGCGUCGGCGUCGGCGGCGGCGGUGUUCCCGAGUCCCUUCCCUUGCGAGAUCGUCGAGCGGAGGAGCGGCGCGAAGCCUCUCGUCGUCGCCGCCACGGCGGACGAUGGUGGGAAGGAGGAGGAGGAGGAGAGGCCGUGGGUGGGGAUAGCGCGGAGGGUGGAGCAGAACCUUGUGGCGUCCGCGCGGAGUGCGAGGGAGGAGUUGGAUGCUGGGGAUGGGAACGCGAAGUUGUCGUUUGUGGCUAGGGUUGGUAAAGUUCUCUUUCAUGGGGACCCUUCAACAUGCCUAAACUCCAUCCGGAAAGCUGCAGUAGCUGAAGAAGGUUUUAAGAAUCGAGUCCAUAAAUCAUUUUACACAAAUGUACCUAAUGAGUUUAUGAAGAACGUCGAGCAGUUAAUUGUAAAGAGUAUUGGCUUUGACUUUGAGUCAGAGAGGGAGCACUACCAUGUGAAGGUAUUUGACAAGCAUCAACCUGAUUCAACGAUAUCAUGCAAAUGUACUGUGCGAAAGGAUGGUGGACUUGAACUUUAUAAGAUUGAACUAAACCAAGUGCGGCACAUGGUGGUAGAUAUAUCUUGUCUGCAUAAGGAUCUCGACUUGAGACUGAUUCUGGUUACCAAAAAGCUCUUGAAAAAUUUGGAUGACGAGGUUGAGAACGGCAUAAAUCAACUAAUUUCGUCUGCAAUUAUCGAUUCAGAGGUUAAAGGGGGGCUUCGAUGGCCUUUUGGGAAGGAGUCCGUUGCUGAAAGAUUCAGCGUAGUUGGAGUCUGGCUUACGAGAUACAAAGCUUAUAGAUCAAAGACAAUGAGGCUUAAGUUGAGACACGCUGACCGAUUCGACCAUAAGACUUCAACUGGGGAAGUGGCCAAUGAAGUUACUCUGAAGCUGUCUGCGAUCUCUGAAUUAUUAAGAGAAGGCAAUUUGGAAGAGACCCCUGUGGGAGAGAUGCUUGAGGCAACUGUAAAAUUAGUGUGGGAAAAGUUUCUGAGCUACAGUGUCUGCCCUGCCCUGCCUUCAUGACCCUUCUGUGCCAAUUUCAUCUGUCUCCUCUUUUGUGAGUUGUUUGUAUCAGAUCCUGUACAGAGUGUUGUUGUUGGAGUGCUUUUGGAAAUAAUGAUAUAGGAUUAAUAGCAUAAUAAAGUGCUUUUGAUGUUUUCUUGUUCCUUUAUUGUAUCUCUUUACAGUUGGA